AAUAAGCAACUUAAGUAUAAGUUUUGUUAUUUUUCUUGAAUCAAGAAAAAAUCAAACACAACCGAAAGAACCAACAUUUUCUGCUAAAGGAGCUUCCCCUAAUAUCCUUUUCACUAUAUGUAAUGUAACCAAAUCAAAGGCAUAACCAAAACCCAAAAACAUAGUAAUGGAUUAUUGUGAGGAAGAAAAUAGCAAGAAAAUACCAAAGUUACCCCUAUUGAACCCUCUACCAUUAAUGUAUUCACCAGAGAGACCAGGAACAAAAACUCCACCACUUAAUAUCUCAGCUUCAGUUCCAUUUGUUUGGGAAGAAGAACCAGGAAAACCAAAACCUUGUACUGAUCUUGUUACAUUCUCAAAUCCAACACUAAUCAAGUGUUUGGAACUUCCUCCAAAACUUCAAUCACCUACAACAGUUUUGGAGGGUCCCUACAAAAAGGAUUGUUGUGAAAAAUCUCCUGGUUCUGAAAUUGUGAAACUUGGGAGUUUGAUUCUUAAGGAUGAAGAAAUGGGAGUAAAGAAAAAAGGGUUUUUUGGUAAUUGGAGGAAAAAGGAUAUUAAGGUUAAUAAACAUGUCUUUUUGUCAUCUUCUGUUGAUAAGGAUAAUGAUGAUGUUUUUGAUGAGAUUAUAGGUAGUGACAAGAAUUUGAAGAUGAGGAAGAAGAUAAAACACUAUGGUACUAGUAGCUUUGAUAAUCCAUUCCAUGCCAAGUCUCCUGUUUGGACAAAGAUGUGUGAAGGAUGGAAGUGUGUGGUUCCAUGGAAGAGUGAAAAAGUGAACAAGUAUCAGUGUUGGUGGGUUUAGGAUUUUACCUCGGGUACUAUGGUCUUGUCAAAAUCAAUUAUCAGCAUGAUGUUGAUUAUGACCAUUACAUAUGUACUAUGUUUUUCCUAAUUUGUUUUUUGCAUAUCUUCAU